GAGCUUGGACAGUCUGGUCCACAAGGACAUGACAGCAGAGCAGGAGAGAAGAGAGUUCAGCAGUAACGGCCUGACCCGACACAGGCACAAUAAUGGAGUGGGGAGAUUCGAUGAGUAGUCCUGUACACUACAGUGUGUCCCGGCAGAAGAUGGGGUGAUGUUCCCCAAUAUUGUGUCUGGCCCCCUGUGGUGACAGGGCAGGAGGUCGGUCGCAGGAGCAGUGGGAUGGGCAGCACAAUCUCAACAUCACGCCUGUGCUCCAUAAAAUAGUCACCUCAUCUGUAUGUGGAGGCAGGAACUGCAGAUGCUGGUUUAAACUGAAGAUAGACACAAAUGCUGGAGUAACUAGCAGGACAGGCAGCAUCUCUGGAGACAAGGUUUUGGUCUGAAGAAUGGUCUCGACCUGAAACGUCACCUAUUCCUUCUCUCCAGAGAUGCUGCCUGUCCCGCUGAGUUACUCCAGCAUUUUGCGUCUAUCUUUACCUCAUGCGUAUGUUGCUUCUCCAGUGUCAUGAACUCGCCCAGUUACGCAACAGAGCAGGCCCCAUGGCCAAAGCACCAAGCUGUCUACAGGAGUUUGACCCAUUUACCUACAGUUGACUUAUGUCUCUCUAAACCUUUUCCAAUCCACAAACCUGUUCAAAUGUCUUUUAAAUGUUGUAAUUAUACCCGCCUUAACGAUUUCAUAUGGCAGCUCGUUCCAUAGACCACCAUGUGCCCCUCAGGUGUAUUUUAAACCUUUCUCUGCCCAUCUUACACCUCUGUCCUCUGUUUGAGAUUUCCCUAUCCUGGAGAAAAGACAUUGAGAUCAACAGAUAUUGAGAUCAAGUUGAAUCAAGGAUUAUGGGUCAAGUGCAGGAAAGUGAUGUUGUACCAAUGGGGAGCAGACAACAAGAGCCAGAUGGCCCACCCACCCCUACAUCUAUUCCCAUGUUUUAAUGCUCAUAUUUAAAUUCUCCAGCUCAGACGGCAGGGUACAAACUUUUAUCUUUAGGGUGAAUGCAGUCUUUUUCCCGGGGUUGGGAAAUGAAGAACAAGAGAGGGUAAGUUGUACAGGGCCCUAGUGAGACCACACCCAGAGUAUUGUGUGCAGUUUUGGUCCCCUAAUUUGAGGAAGGACAUUCUUGCUAUUGAGGGAGUGCAGCGUAGGUUUACAAGGUUAAUUCCCGGGAUGGCGGGACUGUAAUAUGCUGAGAGAAUGGAGCAGCUGGGCUUGUACACUCUGGAGUUUAGAAGGAUGAGAGGGGAUCUCAUUGAAACAUAUAAGUUUGUUAAGGGCUUCGACACGCUUGAGGCAGGAAACAUGUUCCCGAUGUUGGGGGAGUCCAGAACCAGGGGCCACAGUUUAAGAAUAAGGAGUAAGCCAUUUAGAACGGAGACGAGGAAACACUUUUUUUCACAGAGAGUUGUGAGUCUGUGGAAUUCUCUGCCUCAGAGGGCGGUGGAGGCAGGUUCUCUGGAUGCUUUGAAGAGAGAGCUAGAUAGGGCUCUUAAAGAUAGCAGAGUCAUGGGAUAUGGGGAGAAGGCAGGAACGGGGUACUGAUUGGGGACGAUCAGCCAUGAUCACAUUGAAUGGCGGUGCUUGCUCGAAGGGCCGAAUGGCCUACUCCUGCACCUAUUGUCUAUUGUCUAUAAGUUUAAGGUGAGAGAGAAAAGAUUUAAUACAAACCUGUGGGGCAAGUUUUUUUCAACCAGAAGGUGGUGGAUGUAUGAAACAAGCUGCCAGAGGAGGUAGUUGAGGCAGGUAUUAUAACAAUAUUUAGAAGAUAUUUGGAAAGGUGUAUGGAUUGGAAAGGUUUAGAGGCAUGUGGGACAAAUGCGUGCAUGCGGGGGUGGGGUGAGGUAGACUACUUGGUCGGCAAGGACUAGUUGGUCUGUUGCUGUACAGUAUAUGAUUCUAUUACUCUAUGAUCCUUUGACUAUUUGGGUGACAUGGUCACUCAGCAGUAGAGUUGCCUCCUUACAGCGCCAGAGACCUAGGUUUGAUUCUGACAACGAGUGUACGGAGGUUGUACCUUCUCCCUGUGACCACGUGGGUUUUCUCCGGGUGCUCCAGUUUCCCCCCCACACUCUAAAGAUGCGCAGGUGUGCAGGUUAAUUGGCUUUGGUAAAAUAAACUGUAAACUGUCUCUAGUGUGUGUGUGGACUAGUAUUAGUCUACGGGGUGAUUGGGCUGAAGGGCCUGUUUCUCCCUAAGAUCUGAAGACUCUGAUGAAUGAAUGGUCCAGAGCUUAUGCUGCUGGUUCACCAACCACACAACAACAAACCACUGUGUCGAUCACAUCACAUGAUGCUGAGGGUAGAACAUCCAUCAUUUACCUUUCAUCUUAACCUGUCACAUCCACACCAGAGUUUCAAGGCCUGGGAACAUCAGCAACAAGGUUGAUUGCCAGCACACACUGAGCCAUGGACAUGGACUAGAAUGAACAUAUUUUCCCAGUUGAUGAGCGUAGUCGGCAAAGCUGGUGUUGAACGGUGAAGCUGCUCAAUGAUCCAGCACCAUUAAUAGUCAUGACUAUUGUACGUGACAUUUUGACACCAAGUCACAUGUGAGUUUGUAGGUUAAUUGGCCCUUGGUGAGUUGCCUUUAUUGCGUAGGGAUCGUUGAGAAAGUUGGAUAACAUAGAACUUGUGUCAACGGGUGAUCGAUGGUCGGCAUCUACUCGAUGGGCCAAAGGGUCUGUUUCCAUGCUGUAUCUCUAGCCUAAACCUCAAAAGCUGUUAGACCAGAUGAUGAAAAACUUAGUUAAAGAGGUUGAAAUGUUUAAUUGUUUUUGAAACGAGAAUUGGAAGAGCAAAUAUGUAAGGAGAUAGCAGCUAUAAGUAGUAAGCACAAGGUAGUGAUUGUGGGAGAUUUCAACUUUCCACACAUAGACUGGGAAACACAUUCUGUAAAUGGGCUGGAUGGGUUGGAGUUUGUAAAAUGUGUGCAGGAUAGUUUUUUGCAGCAAUACAUAGAGGUACCUACUAGAGAAGGGGCGGUGCUGGACCUCCUGUUAGGAAAUGAGACGGGUCAGGUGGCGGAGGUAUGUGUUGGGGAACAGUUCGGGUCCAGUGAUCACAAUACCAUUAGUUUUAAUAUAAUUAUGGAGAAGGUCAGAACUGUACCUAGGGUUGAGAUUUUUGAUCGGGGAAAGGCUAACUGAUGAGAUGCGAAAGGAUUUAAAAGGAGUGAAUUGGGACAUUUUGUUUUAUGGGAAGGAUGUAGAAGAGAAAUGGAGGACAUUUAAAGGUGAAAUUUUAAGAGUACAGAAUCUUUAUGUCCCUGUUCGGUUGAAAGGAAAUAGUAAAAAUUGGAAAGAGCCAUGGUUUUCAAGGAAAAUUGGACACUUGGUUCGGAAAAAGAGAGAGAUCUACAAUAAUUAUAGGCAGCAUGGAGUAAAUGAGAUGCUCGAGGAGUGUAAAACAUGUAAAAAGAAUCUUAAGCAAGAAAUUAGAAAAGCUAAAAGGAAAUAUGAGGUUGCUUUGGCAAGUAAGGUGAAAGUAAAUCCAAAGGGUUUCUACAGCUAUAUUAAUAGCAAAAGGAUGACGAGGGAUAAAAUUGGUCCAUUAGAGAGUCAGAGUGGACAGCUAUCUGCAGCCAAAAUAGAUGGGGGAGAUAUUGAACAAUUUAUUUUCUAUGGUAUUCACCAAAGAGAAGGAUAUUGAAUUAUGUGAGGUAAGGGAAACAAGUAGAGUAGCUAUGGAAACUAUGAGGAUCAAAGAAGAGGUGGUAAAGAAAGCUUUUGGUGUGCUGGCCUUUAUAAAUCAGAGCAUUGAGUAUAGAAGUUGGGAUGUAAUGUUAAAAUUGUACAAGGCCAAAUUGUGAGGCCAAUUCUGGAGUAUGGUGUACAAUUCUGGUCGCCAAAUUAUAGGAAAGAUGUCAACAAAAUAGAGAGAGUACAGAGGAGAUUUAUUAGAAUGUUGCCUGGGUUUCAGCAACUAAGUUACAGAAAAAGGUUGAACAAGAUAGGUCUUUAUUCUUUGGAGCGCAGAAGGUUAAGGGGGGACUUGAUAGAGGUCUUUAAAAUGAUGAGCGGAAUAGACAGAGUUGACGUGGAUAAGCUUUUUCCAUUGAGAGUAGGGAAGAUUCAAACAAGAGGACAUGAUUUGAGAAUUAAGGAACAAAAGUUUAGGGGUAACAUGAGGGGGAACUUCUUUACUCAGAGAGUGGUAGCUGUGCGGAAUGAGCUUCCAGUGGAAGUGGUGGAGGCAGGUUUGAUUUUAUCAUUUAAAAAUAAAUUGAUUAGUUAUAUGGACGGGAAAGGAAUGGAGGGUUAUGGUCUGAGUGCAGGUAGAUGGGACUAGGUGAGAGUAAAUGUUCUGCAUGGCCUAGAAGGGCCGAGAUGGUCUGUUUCCGUGCUGUAAUUGUUAUAUGGUUAUAUGGAUGGCCUUUCCUUUACCCAGCGUGUUGAGAUGUUUGUUAUUUUUGUGAAUUCAGAAGCUGGGCUUUGGGCAACGUAGGGAUGUGUGGACACUCCAUACAACCCUGAUAUUGUUCAUCCUUUCAAUGCCAAACUGAGGGAUGUAUUGAAAUGAUGACAGUAAGUUGGGUCAACACAGAGAUAGAGCACACUCACUGAACACAACGACGCACAUGCAGCGCAUUAGCUCAGAUUAGAGACCGGCUCAUUCUUCCUGCAUCUCUCUCUCUCUCGGGGUUCACCGCAUCUUCUCAAGCAGCAGUGGUAGACACAAAAUGCUGGAGUAACUCAGCAUAGACACAUAGAAAAUAGGUGCAAGAGGACGUCAUUCGGCCCUUCGAACCUGCAGCGCCAUUCAUUGUGAUCAUGGCUGAUCGUCCCCAAUCAAUAACCCGUGCCUGCCUUCUCCCCAUAUCCCUUGAUUCCACCAGCGGGACUGGCAACAUCUCUGGAGAGAAGAGAUCUCUGGAGAGACCCUUCUGAAUGACCUUCUUCGCUCUGACUUUGGCCUUGACCAAGGAGGGGGGGGGGGGAUGAAUUGGUUUGUUGAGUGAGGUCAUACUGUGUAGGAGUUGUCCACACAUAUAUAUUUAUACGGGGAGAAAGAUCAGUUGAUCAAUUGAGCGCUGAUGUUGGUGUGAGCAGUCACUCUGACCAGACUGUGUCGAGCAAGGGUUAAACCCGCCCCAGUCCCUGCUCAACAGGUGAGCAAAUUACCAAUCAAAGUCGGCAGAAGGACUCAAUCUCUUCAUAUAGCAGAAGGGUGAGGUUAUCUUGCUUGUGAAGAGUCCUGUCUUUGCUAUUACAGAGUCAUUGAUGCUGAGUAUUAAUGUCUGGAGUUUCUCCUCAGCUGCCGAUUGGAGUUCCAGAAUGUGGCGAGUCGUGUGGUUCACGCUGACCCUGGUGCUGAGAGCGGCGGUGCAGAGCGAAGUACAGGCGCUGAACAGCAACUCUCAUGCGGCAGUUGUUCAAGCCAAGAGCGGCCUCACGAAGGAGGAUGUGAUCGCGGCCAUUAACCAGCGUGACCUCCCUCGUGAAAAGAUCUGGAGGAGCUUCCUCAUCGAAGGCGACAUCGUUAAACCCCUCUGGCGGAACGCGGUAACGUCCAACACCCGCACCUGGCGCAAGUCUCCAGAUGGUGCGGUAAGGAUUCCCUACGAGAUCUCGCCGCAGUAUGAUGAGCAGACCUGCAGUGCCAUCCAACGAGGCUUCAAGGACUUUGAGAAGUUCACCUGCAUCCGAUUUGUAGCUCGCACUAACGAGGAGGACUUCAUCUCUAUUCAGCCGGUUCACGGGUGCUAUGCAUCAGUGGGUCGGGCGGGUGGCAUGCAGCUGGUAUCGCUGAGCCAGCCGUGCCUGACGAAGGGGAAGGGUGUUGUGGAGCACGAGAUCAUGCACUCGCUGGGCUUCUGGCAUGAGCACGCCCGCAGCGACCGUGACAAAUACAUCAAGAUCGAGUGGAAGAACGUGUGGCCUGGUUAUGAACAUAAUUUCCUGAAGCAAAACACUAAUAAUUUGAAGACCAAGUAUGAUUAUGGCUCCAUCUUGCACUACAGCAGGUCGGCGUUUUCCAGGAACGGGCAGCCGACGCUGACGCCGGUGGGACAGCCGGGCCGGGGCACGGUGAUCGGCCAGAGACGCCGGCUGAGUCAGCUCGACCUGCUCAAGGUGAACCGGCUGUACAACUGCACGGCACAGCUCGGCCACGCUAAACGUGAGGCCGCCGGCAAGCCGUGCUUGUGACACAACGUGGCUCACAACAACGCGGGCUGGUUCUGCCCUGCCAACCCCGGGCCAUCGCUUCACACCGACUGUCCGUGACUGCGGCCGUGGUCACACGCAACCCUCGGGCUGGAUCUCAUCCGUGUUUCUGCUUCGUGUUGUGGGCCAAGUCUCCCGGGGUUUAAACCAGACCUGGGGGGGGGGGGUUGGUUUUCUUGUUUUCUUGAAGGGACUUUGUUUUAAAGGAGACUGUGAAAGUUAAUAACUGAUAGUUUGCACAGAUAACUUUAAAUGACGCGUGUUCCUGAAUCAGACGGGGAAGUGUCCCCUCUGUGUGGAUCUCCAUUAGUUCCCAAUUAAAACCAUUUU